AUUAUAAUCAUUGACGUCACGCCGUGUCUUCUUGACGCAGGCGCGGUCCUGAGCGAUCGGUGGCCGGUAGCACAGCAGGACCAGAGCCCGGCCGGGCGGAUACGGAGCCGCUGCAGCAGCUUCAAGAUGUGUUACGUGAAGCCUGCACUUUCUAGAUCUCUGCGCGACUCCUCCAUAUAGUCCAGAACUCUCCUGUUUCUUUAUUUUUAGGUGUCAUACUUUCCACAAGACCAAGGCACCAUGGUGCAGAAAUACCAGUCACCCGUCCGGGUGUAUAAACACGGCUUUGAGUUAAUUAUGGCGGCCUAUGAGCGUCGCUUCCCUACAUGUCAUCUCAUUCCAAUGUUUGUGGGUAGUGAUAUCAUGAACGAGUUUCUCAGUGAAGAUGGAGCCGUGCAUGUGGUGGAGAGACGUUGCAAACUGGAUGUUGAUGCUCCCCGACUCCUUAAAAAGAUUGCGGGUGUGGACUAUGUCUACUUUAUCCAGAAAAAUUCUCUAAACAGACGAGACCGCACUCUGCACAUAGAAGCUUACAACGAGACCUUUGCUAGCCGUAUUGUAAUCCACGAGUGUUGCUGUUACACUGUACACCCUGACAAUGACGACUGGACCUGCUUCGAGCAGUCUGCUAGCCUGGACAUCAAAUCCUUCUUUGGUUUUGAGAGCACAGUAGAGAAGAUUGCCAUGAAACAGUACACCAGCAAUAUCAAAAAGGGUAAAGAAAUCAUAGAGUAUUACGUGAAGCAAAUGGAGGAAGAGGGCAUUACGCAGCUUCCUCGAUGGACUCCUGCCCCCAAGCAGCCGCAAGAGUGUCCGACAUCUACCUCAACUCAUUCUGUGUCUCCUGCUGUAAAUAUACCUACCAUAACUUGUACUGAUGGACAUAGUGGCAGAGACUGUCCUCCCACAUCAUCCAGUCCUCCGGAGGCACUAAGCAGCACUCCAGAUGAUAAGUUGGACGCAGACUACAUCAAGCGUUAUCUGGGUGACCUCACCCCGUUACAGGAGAGCUGCCUCAUCCGUCUCCGACAGUGGCUGCAAGAAACUCAUAAGGGCAAAAUUCCCAAAGAUGAGCACAUCCUGAGGUUUCUGCGGGCACGGGACUUCAACAUUGAUAAAUCCAGAGAAAUCUUGUGCCAAUCGCUCACCUGGCGAAAACAGCAUCAAGUAGACUACCUGCUGAACACGUGGAACCCGCCCCAGGUCCUGCAUGAUUAUUAUGCUGGCGGCUGGCACCACCAUGACAAAGAUGGUCGUCCUUUGUAUGUUCUAAGGCUUGGACAGAUGGACACAAAGGGUUUGGUCAGAGCCCUUGGUGAAGAGUCCCUCCUUAGACAUGUGCUAUCCAUCAACGAGGAAGGCCUGAGACGAUGUGAAGAAAACACCAAUAUCUUUGGGAGACCCAUCAGCUCCUGGACGUGUUUGGUCGAUUUGGAGGGGCUCAAUAUGAGGCAUUUGUGGAGACCAGGUGUCAAAGCCUUGCUGCGGAUCAUUGAAGUUGUGGAAGCCAAUUAUCCGGAGACACUGGGACGACUGUUGAUAUUGAGAGCUCCUAGAGUGUUUCCAGUCCUAUGGACACUGGUUAGUCCCUUCAUAGAUGAGAAUACUAGAAAGAAAUUCCUCAUUUACGCUGGCAAUGAUUAUCAAGGUCCUGGAGGGUUAAUAGAUUAUAUUGACAAAGAAAUAAUUCCUGAUUUCCUUGGUGGAGAAUGUUUGUGUGAAGUCUCAGAAGGUGGGCUGGUCCCCAAAGCCCUUUACAGGACUCCAGAGGAACUCGAAAGUGAGGAUAUCCGACUGUGGACAGAGACCAUUUACCAGUCAGCCAGUGUCUUUAAAGGUGCACCACAUGAGAUAUUAAUCCAGAUAGUAGAUGCCUCUUCUGUCAUCACCUGGGACUUUGAUGUGUGUAAAGGAGACAUCAUUUUUAACAUCUACCACUCGAAGAGGUCACCACAGGUUCCCAAACGAGAUACUCUCGGGGCUCAUGGUAUUACAUCACCUGUGUGCAACAAUGUCCAGUUGAUUGAUAAGGCUUGGCAACUGGGAAGAGAUUACAGCAUGGUAGAGUCCCCACUGAACUGCAAGGAGGGAGAGAGUGUACAGGGUUCUCAUGUGACCCGCUGGCCGGGUUUCUACAUCCUGCAAUGGAAAUUUCAUAGCAUGCCAGCGUGUGCCACCAGCAGCCUCCCACGUGUGGAUGAUGUUCUUGCCUCCUUACAAGUGUCUUCACACAAGUGCAAAGUCAUGUACUACACAGAGAUCAUUGGCUCUGACGAUUUCAGGGGCUCAAUGACCAGCCUGGAAUCAAGUCAUAGUGGUUUCUCACAACUCAGUGCGGCCACCACCUCUUCUAGCCAGUCUCACUCCAGUUCCAUGGUGUCCAGAGAGCCCCUCCCUCUGUCUGACUCCGUGCUCCCCUCUUUCACUCAUCCCCAAGACCUGAAGUCCAAUCCGGAUGGGCUCCUGCGCCUCUCCCCAUCAUUCUGGGGACAGCACUUUUCCACUCUCUACACCCUCAGACCCCCAGUCUUCCUGCGUUGGCCCCCUUCUUGGCGCCUCCCAUUCAUCCGAGAGGCUGUGGGAACUGCUGCCAUCGAACCAGAGGCCUCCGACUCUACCUGAGGGUGUGAAUGACAUUUUUAGGGAUUUGCAGAGUUUGCGUUCUGGCUUUCAACUCCUUACCUGAUUCAUGCAAGGCAAAAAGAAAAGUCUUGGAAAAAAUGUAUGUUGCACUCUUACAGAGGAGUUGGCAUGUACUGCUCACACAAAUGCUUCACCAUAUCCUCUGAUGUUUAAUACAGAGCUGUGAUAUUCUUACGCAAUAGGCACACAAUAUCAUUUCCACCGGCUGGAAAGAUUGGAGCAGCAAAUGAACUUUCAUCCUCAUUGACUUAUCCAAGAAUAUAGGUGGCCAUUGCAAAGGAUCUGGUGUGUGCUACAGUGGGGUUUGUAGAAUUACUUUAAAACUUGGCGCUAUUGGUUUCAAAGCACUUUCACAGUUCUUGGGGUUGGUUUGCUUCACAAUCAGUAAGUUGUUAAUGGUUUUUCUUCAGCCGUUUUUUCCAGCUAAACAAGACAAUGAACAUUGCCUCUCCCUUGAAGAAUAGAGUGCCCUAGGAUAGGUAUGCCAUAUACAUCUGUGUAGGCAGCCAUUUUUUAGGCCUUGCAUGAACUAACAGAUGAUCACAACGCUCGUCUUUUAGCCGAUUGCAUAGAUUGAAAUAACAUCUGCAAUCUGGUCCAGCUGAUGGACCACCAGGGUGAUGCCAUAUGCUUGCAAAGCAAGAUCCUAAUGAAUGUUUUAGCAACGUUUAAAUCGGAUAUCAUGUUAAGUAGAUUAGCAAAUUUACUUUCAGCAUUUCUCAGUCUUCAUGUCACUGAAAGAUGGCCACCGCUACUUGAAAAUGAACUGCUGUAGCAGCUUUUUUUAAAGGGGCCGUCCGCUUUGGACAAUCCCUGCCUCUAAGAAGAAUCCCUUGACAAUAAGCAGAUUGCAAAAUGCAAUUCCUUGGAGCCUGACAUUCAGUUGAAAUCUGGUAUCUCCCAGUUGUGAAUUGUAUUCAUAAGUUUCCUGGGGAAUAAGCAAAGGGGCUUCUGUAUUGUUUUAUGGGAAAUGCAAGUAUUUACUACAUGGCAUGAUCGGGAGACCCUAUGUUUCCGACUUAAACAUGUAUUCUUAAACCGUUAGUCCCAUCUGGUCUAUGGCCAGGAUAUUUCAUAAAUGUCUGGAUAGUUGCGGAUACCAACUGGGUCAAGAACUAGACUCAUCCAUGCAACACAGGGAAAGGAAAGGUGGCUGCGCAUGCGCAGCUAUCUCUAUUCACUUUGGGAGUUCUGAAAAUGGCCGAGUAGGCAUGCUUGGCUACUUUCCGGACUCCCAUAGAAGUGAAUUGAUAUAGCCACCGCAGUUCACAUCGUGCAAGACGGGUCAACCAUUGUUGAGCUAGGUGGGACCUGCACCUAUCGGACAUUUGUGGCAUGUCAUGUGAAUGGGCCAUAAAUGUCCAGGUGGGAAUACCCCUUUUAAAGACAAAAAAAAUAGCUUUUUAACAUUGUCGGUUAAAGACAAUUUAAGGACUUGCAAUUGUAAGUAGCCACAAAAAGAUAUAUAUGUAUAGUCUUAUUAGUAUUCUGCCCCUUUACCAAAGAAGGUUAAUCUCCGCAUGUACUGAUCUAGUUAGCUAAGGUAUAUAUUAUUCAAUACUGUUGCAGUUAGAACAAUGUCCUGAUCCGACCCCCUCCCCUCCUGAUUCUAGUUUUUAGAUGGCUAUAUUUCUACUUUAAUUCGGCUGACAGUAAGUGACACUCCAGCCUUGAGAAAAUGGUGUAAGUUUGCACAAUAGUCUUUAUGCCAGUUGGGCAUCAGUCCUGAAAGGAUCGAUCUUCUUUUACAGGUUUUCCUAGAGACUGGUCUUGUCUUGCAGUUGUUAUGGUGUGUGUGCGCGUGCGGUAUAUGGGAUGGGUUAAGAUAAUGCACAACAAUUCCACAUUUUGUACCAUGGAUAAUCACAGAACAUAGACCCUGGUAUGAAUGUUAUUCAGAAUGAAAACCCUUCACCUGCCUUUAUUUCCCCCUGUUUGCAUUGUGAGGAUUUCCCUAAUAUCCUGGAAAUAAGGGCUUAUUUCUCAGAUGACGGGGCUGUGCCUUGUUCACUGGGUACUGUGUAGACCCCCCCCACCCACCUCUUUGCACUUUCUUUUCAUUCCACUAGGCAUUAAAUAUUUGAAGAACUGUACACGGGCUAGGAUCGAAGCCUAGCAUUUUUAGGGUUUAUUUGGUCCUUUCAGGCCAGUGAAGCCCUUCUAUCUAAUGUUGUGCUUUGAAAAUUGUGUUCUUUCUAUUUGGCUAUAUGCUUUUUCUUCUUGACUUAUGCAUAUCACUUGUAAAAAAGAUUUUCUCUUUGAGAAGGGUGUGAAUGUGAGUGUGUAACCAUAGUUCAUUUUAAUGAGACAACAUGACCUCAAGCUCGGUUCUAAUGAUUAAUUUAACAUACAGGUAGCUUUUCAAAGCUUUUAUAAUUGUUAACUAUAAUAAACUUGGAAGCUGUGUAAUAA